AUGUCGAACAAAAAGAAUUUGGAACUGUAUGUCAAGUUUGCCAAUGAAAUCGCAAAGUUUAGGUUCGAUUUUCGUGAUUUCAUUCAAGGCUUACUUUUUGUUGAAUUCGGAGUUUCCUUGGAUGUUGGUAAGGACAUACACGCACCAAUUAAAAUGAAGCCACUAAAAGAAUGUGAGCUUCCGAGAGCCAUGACCAUUAUAGACUUCCUUAUAGCUUUAUAUACAUCAAGGUUCUGCCAUUCUGAUUAUUUAGAUUUAUUUUUACAAUUUGUAUCCCAAGAACCUUGCGAGAAUCGACUAAAAUGUGCUGGAUAUUUGCUAAAGAUUAUCGGAGCUAAACUCGAACGCGAAAGAUCAAGCACGAUCGAAGAAAGUUUUGCAAGAAUCAAACAGAACCAAAAAAGUCAAAAAUAUAAAAUUUUAUUCGAAAAAAUUGAAAAAUUGUCAAUUAAUAAAUGGAUAUUUGAUUCCGAAGAGGAUGAGAAGAGCUACAUGCUGGCAAUGGGUGCUGAUUGGAAGAAAAAUGAAGAGGAAGUGCAAGUUGAUGAAAAGAACAGUAAAUUUGAAACUAAAAGUAGUGUAAAAGCUAGGAAGAAAGUUAGGAAUAAAAAAGAGAAGAUAUCUGAAAGAGCAAAUCUUGAGGAAUUGAGAAUAUGUGCUGUUGGAGAUAACAUGGACAACAAAGAAGUAUCAUCAUUGUUAAAACUAGACCAGAAGAGAUCUAUAGCUUCAACUGAAGAUCAAGAAAGACUUUCAGGUUCCAAUUUAGAUCAAGGAGAACCAUCGACAUCUAAUUUGCACCAAAGAGGACCUUCGACUUCUAAUAUGAACUAA